AUGGCCGAGGCUGAAGUGCCCGAGGUGCAGAGCUACGACGUGCCUUCCCGCCUCCUGGGAAAGGACGGACGUCCCGCUCCUCACGUCACCGCUGAAAAGUACCAGACCGACUACCCGCAGUCGAUCGACAACACCGACGAGUUCUUUGGCAAGAUCGCCAAGGAGAUCAUCGACUGGGACGUUCCCUUCAAGACGGUCCGAUCCGGCGGCUUUGAGAAUGGCGACGUCGCCUGGUUCAACGAGGGCCGCCUCAACGCCACGUACAACUGCGUCGACCGAUGGGCGCACAAGUACCCCGACCGCGUCGCCAUCAUCUACGAGGCCGACGAGCCCGGCCAGGCGCAGGAGAUCACCUACUCGCAGCUGCUCGUCCAGGUCUCGCAGGCCGCCAACAUGCUCAAGACGCUCGGCGUGAGGAAGGGCGACACGGUCAUCGUCUACCUCCCCAUGAUUCCCGAGGCGGCCGUCGCCUUGCUCGCGUGCGCGCGCAUUGGUGCCAUCCACUCGGUCGUCUUUGCCGGCUUCUCGGCGGACUCGCUGCGCGACCGCACCAACGACUGCGGUGCGCGCGUCGUCAUCACCACCGACGAGGGCAAGCGCGGUGGGCGCAACAUCGCCACCAAGAGCAUCGUCGAUGCGGCGCUCAAGGAGUGCCCCAAGGUCGAGCACGUCGUCGUCGUCAAGCGCACCGGCGGCCAGGUCAGCUUUGACGACAAGCGCGACAUCUGGUGGCACGAGGCGUGCUCGCGCGAGCGCGCCUACUGCCCGCCCGAGUCGAUGAGCUCCGAGGACCCGCUCUUCAUCCUCUACACCUCGGGCUCCACCGGCAAGCCCAAGGGUGUGGUGCACGCCACCGCAGGCUACCUCCUCGGCACCGCGCUCACGCUGCGACACGUCUUUGACGUGCACCCGGACAAGGGCGACCGCUUCGCCUGCAUGGCCGACGUCGGCUGGAUCACCGGCCACUCGUACAUCGUCUACGGUCCGCUGAUGAACGGCGUGACGACGCUCAUCUUCGAGUCGACGCCCGUGUACCCGUCACCGUCGCGCUACUGGGAGAUUGUGGACCAGCACAAGCUCACGCAGUUCUACACGGCGCCCACCUCGAUCCGCCUGCUGCGCCGCCUGGGCGACGAGCACGUCAAGAAGCACGACCUGUCGUCGCUGCGCGUCAUCGGCUCGGUGGGUGAGCCCAUCAACCCCGAGGCCUGGCACUGGUACAACGACAACGUCGGCCGCCAGCAGUGCGCCAUUGUCGACACGUACUGGAUGACCGAGUCGGGCUCCAUCAUGAUCACGCCGCUGCCCGGUGCGACCAAGACCAAGCCGGGCUCGGCGACGUUCCCCUUCUGGGGCAUCAAGCCCGUGCUGCUCGACCCCACGUCGGGCGACGUGCUCGAGGGCAACAAUGUCGAGGGUGUGCUGGCGAUCGGCCAACCGUGGCCUUCGGUGGCGCGCACCGUGUACGGCGACCACCAGCGAUUCCUGGACACGUACAUGCGCGCCUACAAGGGCUACUUCUUCACCGGCGACGGUGCUGCGCGCGACAAGGACGGCUACAUCUGGAUCAAGGGUCGUGUGGACGACGUGAUCAACGUGUCGGGCCACCGUCUGUCGACGGCCGAGAUCGAGUCGGCGCUGAUCCAGCACCCCGGUGUGGCCGAGACGGCCGUGGUGGGAAUCCCGGACGAGGUGACGGGCCAGACGAUCGCCGCCUACGUCACGCUCAAGCCCGAGUUCAGCUACGACUCGGAGGAUGCGCUGACCAAGGAGCUCGUCAUCCAGGUGCGCAGGAACAUCGGCCCCUUUGCGGCGCCCAAGAAGAUCAUCAUCGUCUCGGACCUGCCCAAGACGAGGUCGGGCAAGAUCAUGCGUCGUCUGCUCAGGAAGUGCGCCUCGCACGAGACCGACAGCCUCGGCGACCUGUCGUCCUUGGCUGACCCUUCGGUCAUCGACCACAUCAAGGAGAAGACCGAAGCGUUUGACAAGAAGUAG